GAAAUAUAAAUUAAAAAAAGAGAAAAAAAAUUCAACACAAAAUGAAACAAAAUAUUAAAUUGUCAACACAAGGUUUAAGUCAUCAUCAUCAUCAACAACAACAACGUUGUAAUGAUGAUGAAGAUGAUGUUGCACUACAAGUGCAACCCUCACAUUAUAAACAGCGACAGCAGCAACUCUUGCAAUCCUAUAAACACUGCAAACGGCGGCGAAAAUCUUCAACAACACUGCAGCAGCAAGAUCACAUUGUAUUACCAGCGACAACAACAACCUGCGAUUUAAAUAUGUUUACUAACACAGCCACACAAAUAAAACCCUUACAAACUAAAUGCUGGAGUAUAUUAAAAACCAAAAGUCUGGAUUCUCUUAAAGAUUUAAGACAAAUCAGAAAAUUAUUAAAGAAAAUUAUAUUAUUGGUCACAAUACUCUUGAUAACAACAACAUGUAUAAGAGCAACAAAAAUCUGUCAACCCAUAGAGGCGGCAACAAUAGCUUCAGCAGCCUUUCCAGCAACAUCAGCCACUUCUAUACAAGGCUUUCAAAUACCACCCUUAAAUGCUUUAUUAAAAGCUGCAGCAGCACAAGAUUCACAAAUAUCCUCAAACAAUAGUCCGUCCUCUACGUUACUGCCAGCAUCGUCGUCGUCAUCAUCAGGAUCAUCUAUUUCCACCUCUUCAUCGCCUUUAGCUUCAGCCAGCUCUACACAGCAACAGCAACAACAAAGACAAUUACAGCAACAACAAUUGUUUGCUCUACUUAAGCUAAAUAGUAUGCCACAAGCUGCCACACAGGAAACAAAAAAAUCCUCCUCUUCCUCUUUAGCUUUGCGUACGAAAAAUCUUAAGGAUAAACAACGUUAUAAUCAUCGACGACGACGACCGCCUCAUCGUCAUCUUAAAGAAGAUAAUACUGAUUAUAAUGAUGAUGAUGACGACGAUGAUGAUAAUGGUGAAGAUGAGAUUAAUUUUCUCAUACCACGCAAUACUUUAUUAGAAACAACUGGCUUCGUGGCCGAUGAUGGUCAACAGUAUGAAAAAGCUGAAAAAGCUUUAGCUGCUGCAGGUAUUAUACCAGCUACAGGAUCUAAUGCACAACAACAGCAGUCAUCUUCUUCAGCGUCUUUGGCAAAUAACAACUUAAAUUGUCCCAAAGAGUGUAAAUGUUUGAAUGAUUAUUUCGAUUGUGGUAAAAAACAUUUAGAUCGUGUUCCCCCAUUGCCCGGUUAUGUACAAAUAAUAGAUUUCAUUGGCAAUAAACUAAAUGAUACAACGGUUUUGCAAAUAAAAAAUUUACCGGAACUAAAUAAGUUGGUUUUAAAACGCAACCAAUUGGAAACGGUACCAAAAUUUGUGGGUCUCAGUUCGUUGAAACAGCUUAGCUUGGCUCACAAUCGUAUACAGAAAAUAUCUGCUGAAGCUUUGGCGGCCUUGCCAAAACUUAAGGCUUUAGAUUUAUCCAAAAACUAUUUGCAUACAGUUGAAGCAAGUUAUUUUCCCACAGCAAAUCGUUUGGCACAUUUAAUUUUGAAUGGUAAUGAAAUAGCUAGUAUAAGUGAAACUGCCUUUGCUAACCUGGCCGAUUUAUUGGAUUUGGAAUUAAAUAACAAUCGUUUGACUCUAUUGCCAGCCGGUGUUUUUGAAAAUCUAAGCAAGCUGAGGAAAUUAUCAUUAAACUAUAAUCAUUUGGAGAUUAACUGGUCCACCUUUCGUGGUUUGGUGUCUUUGCAAAAGUUAUUUUUAAAAUCCAAUAAUAUAAGAGCUUUACAAGAUGGUGUUUUCCAUGUUAUGACUGCCAUAGAAACCAUAGAAUUGGAUCAUAACUAUAUUAGCUCUCUCAGUCGCCAGGGUUUAUUUAACUUGACAAAAUUACAUCAUUUAUCUUUAUCGAAUAAUUCGAUAUCACGCAUAGAAUUGGACACUUGGGAAUUUACACAAUCUUUGAUAACCUUAGAUCUUUCCCAUAAUAAUAUAACGGAAUUUAAGCCACAACAUUUGGAUUGUUUACAACGUUUGAAACACUUGAAUUUAGGUCACAAUAAGAUACAAUAUUUAAUGGAAAAUACUUUUGAUUGUGUUAAGAAUCUAGAGGAUUUAAAUCUAAGACGCAAUAAACUCUCCUGGAUUAUAGAGGAUCCGGGGGCGGCUCCACCCUUUAAGGCUUUAAGAAAACUGAAAAAAUUAGAUUUAUAUGGCAAUAAUUUGAAACAGAUUAAUACCAAAUCCCUCAGUGGUUUGUCCAAUUUGGAAUCUUUAAAUUUGGGUGGCAAUGCUUUGGCUUCCAUACAGUCGGGCGCCUUUGAUCAUAUGACCAAUUUGCAAAAGUUAAUGUUUAAAUCGUUAAAUUUCAUAUGUGAUUGUGAUAUUUUAUGGUUUAGACGUUGGCUGAACAGACAUCUACAAACCACCAGCAAUCAAAAGCAAUUACAAACGCCUCAACAGCAACAGAAUUCAGCGCAAGCGGUUUGUGGUUAUCCGGAACAUUUGCUAGAUCGAGAACUAUUGUCAUUGCAACAAAAUGAAUUGACUUGUGCUGAAACCCCUAAACCGGUACUAAUACAAGAACCUUCCAAUCAAUUGGCUGUUAAAGGCGCCAACAUAACCAUGGAAUGUAGAGCUACUUCACCUACCGCUGCUUCUUUAGCUGCCACCGAUGAAUUGAAAAUCAAAUGGCGCCAUGAUAAUCAUAAUAUCAAAGAAAGAGAUCGUAAUACACCUCCUGCUAAUUCCCUUUUAACACCCUACACCACCACCGAAACUCAAAUACAUCAUGAUUCCUCUAAUAAUCAGACCACCAUUAUUGGUUAUCUAAGACUCUACAAUAUGAGCUAUGAAUCGGCGGGCAAAUAUCAAUGUGUGGUAUCGAAUGCUUUUGGCACCACCUAUUCACAGAAAUUUAAAAUGUCCAUAGGCAUUCAUCCCUCAUUUUUGCAAAUACCUUCCAACUUGACUAUAGAUUCUGGCGAUACGGCACGUUUGGUGUGCUCAGCAACUGGAGAUCCUAUGCCUGAAAUAGCUUUACAGAAAUUUGGUGCCAGUGAUUUUCCCGCCGCCACCGAACGUCGUCUACAGGUGUUGAGAGAGGAAAAUGCUUUUGUUAUAAUAAAUGCAAAACCCAUCGAUAGUGGCAUUUAUACGUGUACGGCUGAGAGUCCAGCAGGGGAAAUUAAAGUGAAUGCUUCUCUUAUAGUGAAUGAUAAACCUCAGCCCACCAUACCCGUGGUUCACAAAGAGAUUGUGGUUGGCAAGUCAAGUGUUUUGGAAUGUCUGAGCGAUAUAGCAGCCGAACUAAAUCAGCCCCACCGUGAGUGGUAUAAAGACAAUAAACCCUUUCACAUUACACCCACUCUUGAUACGGAUCGUUAUUAUUUUACCUCCGAAAAAGAACUACUCAUUAUAGUCAAUAGUCAGUCUGUAGAUUCGGGACACUAUCGUUGUGAAAUUACCGAUAAUUCCAAGACCUAUACCAUGCAAAUGGAAUUGCUAGUGGUUAAAGAGGAUUUCAGUCAAAAUGUCAUUAUAAUCGGUGUGAUAGUGGUGACUGUGGCUUGUAUUAUAAUUGGCUCCCUGAUAGUAUGGAUUAUAUUGUUUUAUCAAAAGAAAAAACUUUAUAUGAAUGCAGGCAAUGGCACCGCAUUAGGUGGUUCUAGAGUAGCGGCAGCAAAUAGUCACAAUAUAUUGACGUCGAGCAGGGGAAGUACUUUAGAUCAAACACAAAUGACCACAUUAAGUAGAACGUAUCUAAGAUCCCCUAGAGAUAAUUACAAUCAUGCAGCUAACCAGAGACCAAGAAGUUUAGCAGCUUUAGAAAUGAAUGGUGGCCGUUAUCAGGGUGUAGAAGAUGAAAAUCAACCUUUAACCGAACAAAGAAAUUUUCUUAUUGUCACCACUACACCCAACUAUCAGCAAUUGCUAAUGCAACGUCAAGCUCACGAAGAGGAUAGAACCGAUGAUGAACAUUUAACUUUGGAAUAUUUAAGAUUGAAUCGAUCUCACGAUGGUGAACAUCAUCAAGAUCAUUUAUCUAGCAAAGAUUCGGGUACUGGAUCAGAUGCAGCAGUCAAACGUAGUUUAGAAGAUUUCUCUAUAAGUCUAAUGCCGAAUGCUUCCACACCCACCUCUAAUGCCGGAGUAUUAGGAAGCUUAUUAAAACCAGGAGCUAGAGCUUCCUUAGCAAAACAAGACACUGAUGAAGAUGAAGAAUACAACAUUGGACCAGUGAAUAUAACAACAGUCCAACAGAAUGGUAGUGGUGGCAGUACAGAAGAUACGGAGGACUUUACCACUUCUCCUACCUUGGGUGUAUCUGUAUAUCAAAUUGAUGAAGAGAUACACAAUUUAUCACGAAAUAAUAAUCACUCUCCUGCGCUAAGAAAUUACAAAACAUCACCAACUAGUGGUGAUGGCGGUGGUGGUUGUGGUAAUGAUGAUGAUGCUGAUGGUGGUGGAGCAGUAAGUUUAGCUGAUUCUAAUCUAAGUAAAUCUGCCUAUAAUGCUAAGCCAGCAAGUAUUGUGUCAUCGCCUACACAUCAACAACCACAAAAUUGUAAAGCAAGUACAAAUUUUUCUACAACUCCCACAUCUUCUUCCCUGUCACCUCCUCCAAUUCCUCUUCGUACACAAACGGUUGAUAUUUAGUUUUUUCUUUAUUAUUAAUUGAAAAAUAUAAAAACAUAUUAACAAAGAAGUUAGAAAACUAAAAACCAAAUCGACAGUUUGUUGUCUUCAAACCAAAUAUAAAGACUGUUUCAUAAGGAUGUCAAAACAAAUAACAAAAAAACAAACAAAAAACAUAAAAAAUUACUAAAUUAUUUUUUUUUUAGAUUUAAGUUAUAAAAAGUUUGUUUUAAAACC